AGAAAUUCAAGAAGAAGUCAAAGAAAAGAAUUAAAAUUAUGUUGGAUGAGGAGCAAGAAAUUGAAAAUGAAACGGCAAGAACAUCAGCAAUUAGUGAGGAAUCUUCGCAAUCUGUUAAAGAUAAAUUGAAAUAUCGUGAAAAUAUUGAUGAGAAAUUGAAAUUUUAUAGUAUGGAAUGUAAACGCUAUUUUAUGGAGAAGCUAAAGAUCGUCCAACAAUGUAUUGAGGAGAAUUUGCAAGAAUGUUGUUUAAAAAAUUCUACGAUUGGAUCUCUACAAUGUCAAAUUAUGCUUGAUUCAUUCAGUAAAAUUCCAGUGACUCAACUAACCGCGAUAAAUUUGCAGAACAACAUUUUGGAACAUUUCUGUUGUCACUCUAUGGCUUCAUUCAUUGACAUGAAUCCAGUGUUGAGGGAAUUGAAUCUCGCUGGAUGCAGAAUUGGCGAUAAAGGAAUGGAAAUUUUAGCUCCCGCAUUUGCCACAUCCAGUUCAUUAAUUAAUUUAAAUCUAUCAAAUAAUCAGAUUACGGAUGACGGUGGUGAAAUUCUGGUAUCAUUUUUAAUGAGAAAUUAUGUUUGUCGUGACUUGAAUUUAUCAUCAAAUAAGCUUGGUUAUAAGACAGCACAAAUUGUGGGAGCAGUUCUCAUGGAAAAUGACACGUUGGUGAAACUUGAUAUUAGCCAUAAUCGAUUGUAUGAACAAUAUGCUAUUGUUAAAAUAAUGAAAGGAUUAAUGAGCAACGAAUCACUUGAGUAUCUUGAUAUCUCAUGGAAUGGACUUUGUGGCGAACCAUUCGGUAAAAUUCUCUCAAAAUCCAUUAAAGGCGCUGCAUUAAAAGUCUUUAAAGUUGAGUACAACAAUCUGACAUCUUUUGAGUUCAGGAAAUUGGCACUAGGAUUGAAAUAUUCGGAAACGAUUGAGGAACUUUAUGUGGCUGGAAAUUUCUUUACAGUUGAUGACGAUGAGAAUUUGGUUAAAGUUUUCAAGACUGACUCACCUUUGAAGUUGAUUUCGUUUGGUGACUCGUUUCAUCUUUCGCAUGCUGCUUUUGAGAUCUUGCAAGAAGUUAAAGACAAGAAACCAUCAAUUCAUGUCAUUUAUCAGAAUAUCAUAUUGCCAAAUCCACCACGUGAUGUCUUAAUGCUUGACAUCUAUGCCGAUCGUGCUAAAUUUCUUGCAAUGAAGCCGAAAAGUCUAAGAAUGAAACGAGAUAUGAGUGAUUUUAUGACAAAUUUAAGGAACCUUGAGAACAGCUACAUGAACAAAGCUGAUUUUUUAAGUCUCCUUAAGACUUUCAAUGCCAAAUUAGACGAUAUUCUUAUUGAUCAAUAUAUUCAAGAGUGUACAGUUAAUAUUGACGGUAAACCGCUCAUGAAUGUGCAUCUUAUGGCCAAUCAUUAUUUAAAUCGACAUCCAAAAGGAGGUAAACAAGCAGUCAAUUAAGUGAAUGAUUGACUUUCUCUUUCAACUCAUGAUUUUUUUUUCUUCACAAUUCUGUAACUGAAAAAUGAAUGAAACUGUUUAAAGCUUUAAUAUCAUCAUCAUUUGAUCUCAC